UUUUAUUUCCCUCUUCCACUGCAGACAGAGCUGGGGAUGGAAUAAUUCUGUCUUCAGAGCACAAAAAACUGGCAAACACGAGGCCUUAAGGCCACACACUGAACAAUGAGAAGAAACCAAACAAUUGAAGAGCAGCUUUCUCCAGCUGCUUCUCCCAUGCAAUUCGGGAUUUCUGGGCGAGGAGAAUGCAGAACUGGUGGUCUUCACUCGACAAAACCAGAAAUGUUUCUUGCACGCACAAGAAACCUCCUUUUGUUCGCGUUCGCCGGCAGGAAGCUCCAGGGAACAGCCCCAGGAGACACGGGCACAGCUGGGCACAGCUGGGCACCCAAUCCCUAGGGGCGCUGAGGGAACAAAGGCCGGUUUUUAGCACCCCACGGCAGGGUUUCUGGCUAGCAGGGGGCGAGUUUAGCGCCCCAUGGCAGGGUUUCUGGCCAGCAGCGUGCGAGUGCCCGGUCCCGGCGCGGCACCUCCAGGGAGCCGCUCCCGCCUCCCGCCGCAGCGCCCCGCCCCGCAUCGGCGCUCGGCUGCUCCGGCCUGGCUCGCUGCGCUCGGCGCUCGGCCGGGGGCGGGGCGCCACCGCCUCACGCUCUCCCGCACCCCCGCCCGCCCGGCGCUUCCCCCGCCGCGGCCCCGCGCCGCGCCGCCGGCCAUGUCGCGGGGCUCCCGCCUGGCGCUGGCCGUCUCCGCGCUGCUCUCCGCCGCCAUCGUGGCAGCCGUGCACAUCCAGCAGCGCCGGGAGCUGGAGAGGCUGCGAAGUGGCGUUGUCAGAGAUCUUGAGCGUCAGAAUCAGAAGAAGGAGAACGUUCGCCUGUUAGAAGAGCAGAUUGCUCUGACAAAGCAGCUCAUUGAAGAGAGAGACAAGGCGCUAAUGGAAAAACGUUCCCAGCAGCCCUAGG